CUUGGGGGCCAGUGAACCAGAGGAGAGCCGCGUGCGGAACGUAAGCUCCACACCUCCAUCCUCGGGACCAUCGGCUCGACCGCGGCGCACCUCUGCUCUUUGGGCGAGUGUAACCAGGGCGUGACAGACAGCAAGGAUGUCCAACAACAUGGCCAAGAUCGCGGACGCAAGGAAGGCAGUGGAGCAACUGAAGCUGGAGGUCAACAUCGACCGGAUGAUGGUGUCUAAAGCAGCAGCUGAGCUCUUGGCAUACUGUGAGUCCCACGCUAAAGAGGACCCACUGGUGACCCCAGUGCCCUCUUCCGAAAACCCCUUCCGCGAGAAGAGGCUCUUCUGCGUCAUUCUCUAACUGCAACAAUCAACUGUCAAUCAACAUUCAAAUUCCCACCAUCUUUUCUUCUUCUUCUUUUUUUCGGUCCCUCAGAGCACAGCCUAUAAAUAUUCACCUGUUUCUCAGUGAACUUUGUAUUUCCAGUUUGCUUUGUAUUUAUUGUUCGCUCAGUAUCCUAGGAACCCAUAAGUAACCUGUAAAUAAAAAUCUGUAAAUCA